CCUUUGAGGAGGUGGCUGUGUAUUUCACGGAGGAGGAAUGGGCCCUGCUGGAUCCUGGCCAAAGAGCUCUGCACAGGGAAGUCAUGGAGGAGAAUUAUGAGACGGUGGCCUCUCUGGGUGAGGCUGUCAAUGAACCAGUGCCUGGCUGUGACAAUGGACUGGAUGAGGGCUAAUAAACUGAGGCUCAACCCAGACAAGAUGAAGAUGCUGUUAGUGGGUGGUUCCUCUGACCGGAUGGUGGAUGCCCAGUCUGUCCUGGAUGGGUUUGCACUCCCGUUGAAGGAGCAGGCCCUUGAGAGCUGCUCCCUACGAAACGUGCCUUGUGGCGAAAGCUGUGGGAGUCCCAGAGCUGGCCUGGUUUACUCCUCUUCCCUCAGGGGCUGCACCAUGGCCUCAGAGGCACCGUCCGGAUUGUCUCUUCUCUGGGAUAGAGUGGAAAGAGCAGCUGGGCAGCCCCAUCAGCAUCUGUUGCCCUUCCAGAAUCUGGUGACCUUUGAGGAGGUGGCCGUGUAUUUCACGGAGGAGGAAUGGGCCCUGCUGGAUCCUGGCCAAAGAGCUCUGCACAGGGAAGUCAUGGAGGAGAAUUAUGAGACGGUGGCCUCUCUGGGAUACAUCUGGGGGGUCAAGGCUGAGGGAGAACCAUCUGAAGUAUCACUGGAAAAAGCUGAGGAGCAGGUGCAGGAGCAUAAACUGAGGAGGCAAGAUGGAGCAAAGAGACAAGAGGAGAGACAAACUCACACAGGGGACAAACCCCAUAAAUGCUUGGAGUGUGGAAAGAGCUUCAGUCAGAGUGGCACCCUUACUUCGCAUCAAAGAACUCACACAGGGGACAAACCUUAUAAAUGCUUGGAGUGUGGAAAGAGCUUUAAGUGGAGUAGUGCCCUUACGGUACAUCAGAGUACUCACACAGGGGACAAACGUUAUACAUGCUUGGAGUGUGGAAAGAGCUUCAGUCAGAGUGGCCGCCUUACUUUGCAUCAAAGAACUCACACAGGGGACAAACCUUAUACAUGCUUGGAGUGUGGAAAGAGCUUCAGUCAGAGUGGCAACCUUACCCUGCAUCAAAGAACUCACACAGGGGACAAACCUUAUACAUGCUUGGAGUGUGGAAAGAGCUUCAGUCAGAGUGGCCACCUUACUUCGCAUCAAAGAACUCACACAGGAGACAAACCUUAUAACUGUUUCGAGUGUGGAAAGAGCUUCAGUCACAGUGGCCACCUUACUUUGCAUCAAAGAACUCACACAGGGGACAAACCUUAUACAUGCUUGGAGUGUGGAAAGAGCUUCAGUCACAGUGGCGACCUUACUUCGCAUCAAAGAACUCACACAGGGGACAAACCUUAUAAAUGCUUGGAGUGUGGAAAGAGCUUCAGUCGGAGUGGCCACCUUACUUUGCAUCAAAGAACUCACACAGGGGACAAACCUUAUACAUGCUUGGAGUGUGGAAAGAGAUUCAGUCAGAGUGGCCACCUUACUUUGCAUCAAAGAACUCACACAGGGGACAAACCUUAUACAUGCUUGGAGUGUGGAAAGAGAUUCAGUCAGAGUGGCCACCUUACUUUGCAUCAAAGAACUCACACAGGAGACAAACCUUAUAAAUGUUUCGAGUGUGGAAAGAGCUUCAGUAAGAGUGGCACCCUUAUGGUGCAUCAAAGAACUCACACAGGGGACAAACCUUAUACAUGCUUGUUGUGUGGAAAGAGCUUCAGUCAGAGUGGCGACCUUACUUUGCAUCAAAGAACUCACACAGGGGACAAACUUUAUACAUGCUUGGAGUGUGGAAAGAGCUUCAGUCAGAGUGGCAACCUUACCCUGCAUCAAAGAACUCACACAGGGGACAAACCUUAUACAUGCUUGGAGUGUGGAAAGAGCUUCAGUCAGAGUGGCCACCUUACUUCGCAUCAAAGAACUCACACAGGAGACAAACCUUAUAACUGUUUCGAGUGUGGAAAGAGCUUCAGUCACAGUGGCCACCUUACUUUGCAUCAAAGAACUCACACAGGGGACAAACCUUAUACAUGCUUGGAGUGUGGAAAGAGCUUCAGUCACAGUGGCGACCUUACUUCGCAUCAAAGAACUCACACAGGGGACAAACCUUAUAAAUGCUUGGAGUGUGGAAAGAGCUUCAGUCGGAGUGGCCACCUUACUUUGCAUCAAAGAACUCACACAGGGGACAAACCUUAUACAUGCUUGGAGUGUGGAAAGAGAUUCAGUCAGAGUGGCCACCUUACUUUGCAUCAAAGAACUCACACAGGGGACAAACCUUAUACAUGCUUGGAGUGUGGAAAGAGAUUCAGUCAGAGUGGCCACCUUACUUUGCAUCAAAGAACUCACACAGGAGACAAACCUUAUAAAUGUUUCGAGUGUGGAAAGAGCUUCAGUAAGAGUGGCAACCUUACUUUGCAUCAAAGAACUCACACAGGAGACAAACCUUAUAAAGAUAGAUAGAUAGUUUUUAUUACGACCAUAUGGUCAGCAAGGAAACAUUAUAAACAACAUAUUUUGACAACAACAUAGUCCAAUGAUAUUGGAUACAAAGUUUAGUCGAUUAUACAUAUACAUAUGUUAUAAAAUAAAGGUAAAAUAGAUAAAAUGUUAUGUAAGUAUAAAACAAUUUUUUAAAAAAAAUUUACUGGAAAUUACAAUUUAUCAUUCAUUAUGUCUUCAAAGUUAAAAUCGCACUAAGCUUGCUCUAGGAAAUUUUUAUAAAAUUAUUUCUUAAUUUUUG